CUGCCCACAGGCAGCAGCUCUUUAGGAACUGCUCCCACACGGCUCCAUCCCACGGGGUCCAUCCCCCAGGAGCAAACUGCUCCAGCACGGGUCCCCCACGGGCGGCAGCUCCCCCCAAACCCCCUUCUCCUGGCUGAGGGCACGGUACAAAGCAUGCUACUUGCGGAGGUGUGUUGCUUAGUGAUCACCUUGCUUAGAGCCCUCGUUGGUCAGUGCUCAGGUAACAGCCCCAAGAAUUUAUCAAUCUCGUGGUCCCAUCCCUGUCUUGGAGUCUCCGAAUACAAACUGGUUGGUAAGAUAGGAGAGGGAACAUUUUCUGAUGUUCUGAAGACACUGAGUCUUAGAGAUGGAAAGUACUAUGCGUGUAAACACAUGAAACAACACUUUGAAAGUAUUGAACAAGUGAAUAAUCUGAGCGAAAUACAAGCACUAAGGAGGUUGAGUCCACAUCCUAAUAUCCUUAUGUUACAUGAAGUUGUUUUUGAUAAAAAAGCCGGCUCUCUUUCACUGAUAUGUGAACUUAUGGACAUGAAUAUUUAUGAGCUGAUAAAAGGAAGGAGAAAGCCAUUACCUGAAAAAAAAAUAAAGAACUACAUGUAUCAGUUAUGCCAAUCUCUUGAUCACAUACAUAGAAAUGGGAUAUUUCACAGAGAUGUGAAACCAGAAAACAUAUUAAUAAAGCAGAAUACCCUGAAGCUAGGAGAUUUUGGAUCUUGUAGGAGUAUAUAUUCUAAGCAGCCCUACACAGAAUAUAUCUCCACACGCUGGUACCGAGCACCUGAAUGCUUGCUUACAGAUGGCUACUAUAGCUACAAAAUUGAUAUGUGGAGUGCUGGCUGUGUUUUCUAUGAAAUCACAAGUUUUCAGCCUCUCUUUCCUGGAUCUAACGAACUGGACCAAAUUUCAAAAAUCCAUGAUGUUAUAGGCACUCCUGCCAAGAAAACUCUCAACAAGUUCAAGCAGUCAACAAUUAUGAAUUUUGAUUUCCCCUUUAAAAAAGGAAAAGGAAUACCUCCUCUUGUGCACAAUUUAUCUCCUAAAGGCUUCUCUCUCCUGUAUGCAAUGAUAAAAUAUGAUCCCGAUGAGAGAAUUGCUGCCCAUCAAGCAUUACAGCAUCCUUACUUUCAAGAAUUCUGGGCAGCUGAUACACCGGCUUUGGCCACGCACAGAGUAAGAUUACUAGAAAAUACAGCAGGGCAAGUACCUCUGCAUUCGUGGCAAAUUUCAAGGGAAAGCCAAAAACAGGAUCCUCUUAGGAAAGCCCAGGAAAAAACAAAACAACAUGGACCCCCUUGUGGAGAAUUACCAAUAUUAAAUCUUUCUGGAGUAGCCAAACUGACUUCUUGUCCUACACCUACAUUGCUGUUCAAUUUUUCCUACGGCUAAGGAAAGUGGGGAAACCCCCGCGUCACAGUCUGUUAGAUUUAUGGGAUCAAAUAUCGAGGUAUAGACUCUAACUUGCUCAUUAAAGUAUAACAGCCAAAUAUGUUUUACAGAGCACAUUUCAAACUUCUGUUGUUUCCUCAACAGUCUGAGAAACAGAAGGCACGUAAGUCUUCCCUGAAACAUUUCCACUUACCUGCUAUAGGACGAAGAGGAGGAGGUAACUGACCACCUUGUAAAGAUUUUGGAGGUUGAGGAAAAGAACGGCUAUGCAGUGAGUGAAACAGCCCCGAUCAUGCUGUCAUUGGUAGAGAUCUAACAAAACCAACAGUGCGUUAUUUUGUGUUUCUGACAAUUUGUCAGAAAACCCCACAAGGUUAUAACGGGCUGCUUACCUAGCAUUUUGGUAUUCUGUUCCUGAAGACUAUCAAUAUUUAAUUAAAGCAUUGUUCUGGCUGAGCUUAGCGAGCACUCUGUAUUGAACUUACUAAAUACUUUUUCCUUUUAUAACCUGAUGGAGGAAGGGGUUGGUUAAAAAUAACAUGAAAGGAUUUGUUGAGCUUCAAUAUAAAAAUGCAAUGUUGCCUAAAAAAUACAAGUUUUCAUAUUAUUGAAUAAAUGGCAGCUAACUUGAUCUAUCAUCUUAUAUAUAUUUUUAGAUUUUUUCCAGUGAUUUCUGCAAGGUAUUUACCUCCUGUAUUUAAUAACUUCAACCUCAAGCUUUAUUGAGAACUUGCAGAUUGUGCAAUCAUGAGAUACUUGAUUUUGAUACAGUUAAUAUAACUUCAAUAUUUUUAGAUAACUAUUUACUAGCUAAAAGAUAAAAGCAACUUUUUGUCUGAUUCAAAAAUAAAUCAGCUUUGGCCAGUUUUCUUCAAACAGUGCUCUUAAACAGAAGUUUAAACAGUGACUGAUACUGCAGCUAGUUGCUUGUAAGAGCAAUACAUGAAUGCAUUUCAUUAUGUUUCAGAAAUUUUACAGAUCCUCAGUAACAAUUUAAUAUAACGUUAUUGCUCUCUAGCUCUUCACAAAGCAAGUGUUUAAAAAGUAUUUUUAUCAUACUUGGAAAGUGUUUAUUAGAAUUUGAUACCAUUGAUUUUAAAACUCCUGAGAUCUCCUUAAAAAAAUGCAGUCAUUAACCUGAUGUUUUACAGAACAGUUUUACUAUUUAAAAACCAAAUGAGUCUGUUUGUGUGAGGCCUGCUUUGCUAGGGUUUAGAAAUCUUUGGUCAGCCGGUAUAGCGGCAGGACAGGUUUUGCAACCAACUUUUUUUUGUUAGUCCUAAAUUACUCUGCUCAUAAUUGUUUUUUUCACCCACCUUCCUGACACUGAAACCGAAGAGCUCUGGGCCAUCUGCUGCUGUGCAACAGCUCUCUGUGUGACAAGAAAAUGAAAAGCAACCAAUGCCAGAUCAGCACUAUUGCUCAGCGACAGGGAAUGGCCUGUGCUGCCUAACUUUUUUGUCCCUUUACAGAAACAGCGAAACAAAAAUCAGCAACUCGAUUGUAAAAUCUAACUCAGGCAGCAAAAAUCUAGAUUUGUGACCGACAUUACUGCUGAACUAUUUACCCAUCCUUUAAUUUCUUGUUCUUUUCCUUUUGGGUUAUGAGGCAGUCAGCGAUACAUUUUCAGGUUUUAUAGUCAUCAAGGUAUUACAGCUUUGGUUUUUACUUUUGUGGUAGAUUCACCACUGCACAGCUUGUGGUGAUGAGAGGGGGGUGGUUGGCGAUAGGCACAGAAAGGUGGCAAAAGGCAUGUUGUGGUAGAUAGGUCACAGCUGCACACGAAUGAGGUCACAGCUGCACAUGAUAGUCAAGUUCUUUAUGAAUUCUUUUGAGAUCUACCACUUAGAAGUGUGUGGCUAUCUAAUGAUUAUCUUUGUGUUUUGAAGAAGGAAUUCUUUUCACAUACCAAGGAGCAACGUGACAUUACUAGAAAAUUAUUUAAGUGUAAAAAUGUCAGCAAGCUAAAUGUUUAUGUGAUGCAUACCAUGGGAGUCAUUUUUUGGUUUGAUUCAAAUUUGACUGUGCAAGGUGAAUAUCUUGUGCCUGCAGCAUGGCCUACUCUACAUUUGCUUGUUUUACUCCAUUUCUUCCUAGCAAAAUUCUAGAAUCUCAACAGGAAGAAUGGAAAUACCUCCCAGUAAAUUGUAAAUUACAUAAAUCAUCGUAAAUUACAGCACAUGAACAAGGUUCUGCAGGGUAAUCUGUAUUGCUGCUACUCAUCCUGGGUAUGCCACAGAAAUAGCAGCUUUCUCUUACUAGGAUUAAACAAAUACGUAAACAGCCUUAGCGGCAGUUGUGCAGUAGACCAGUAGAACACCAUAAAACAGGGAGAAUUAAACAGCGGAAUGCAACAGUAUAGGUAGAGGCUGUUUCUCAUUUUAUUGAUACUCGUACUGGAUAAAGGUCAUCCUUCCUCCAGUUCUAAGCAAAAAAUACACUCCUGACCAGGAUUAUCUUGAAACUGCAGCAGGAGUACAUGAAGACAGAGUGACCAGCCCAGGUGUACUGUUGUGUUACAGUUAUCUCCCCAUGUAGUCACGCUUAUAUGUUAGCAGCUCAUAUUGUUCAAACAGAACAGAGUUUGAACAAUAAUAUUUGUUUGAAUAUCUAGCAUUAAUUUACAGACACACACAAGUAAUUUAAAGGUGUGAUGCUAAACGUAGGCAUUAAGGAUGGCAGGUCUACAGGCAACAUAGCGUAACAGUAAGCUCCAGCUUCUUACCUUUUUUUACCACAGGUUUAUCCAGUAUGGUUUUCUGCUUUGUUUUUUUCCAAGAGGGGAAGAUGGUGAGUUGCUGAGUGUUACCCAUUUGGGGUUAAGCAUGGUAUGCAAAAGUAAAACUGGUGGUCUAAAAUUAGGUAAUGUAUCGGAGGGAUCUUGCUCUCCACAGUUAGGAAUCUGUGACAUGAUUUUUAACAAAUCAAGCAUGUAUCAGUCUGCAGAUUCUUAAACCAGAAAAUAAUUAAAAAAAAAAAUCCUACAGUUGGUUGAUCAUCCAAACCAAGAGCUCUCUUAUCUCAGUAAUACAAUAGGCAAAGUACGUUCUUUAUGCAGAUACGUUAAUUGUAUUGAUAGCUUCCUAUAAUCUUUUUUUUUCUGGAAGUUUCAAACAUGACAUGCUGAAGUUUAAGUGGUUUCAUUCAAUAAUUCAACCCCUACCCCUCAAAAGAAUUCCCUCAGAUCUUGUUUUCACAAGAUAUUUUCCUGUUUUCAACUAUUAUUGCAACUUCUUGCAUCUGUGAAUAAUAGCAGGUAGGUAAUUACCUUAUUCGUACACCAGGAAAUAGUUACAUUUGUUGAAAAAUAUGAAGUCAGAAAUUUUUGUAGCUCUAAACUUGGAGAGAAAAGGUUAUCAGAGUAGUAUUUUGUAUAUCACCAACAAUUCUGUCUCACAUAAUAAGUAUCUGGGGCUGUCAGUCUGUUGCAAUGAAAAGAAGGAAGUUCACAUUCAGCAAAUUGCCUCUGCUAUGAAAACUGAGUAUUUCAAUUGAAUUAUCACUUUGAAAAUAUUUUUUUCCAUUUCUUUUAAGCUUUCAGGUGGGUCUUACAGAGCUUGGUACUUACAGUGCUUCAUAGGCAUUUAUUGCAUAACAAGUUCUUUGCUAUUACUCUUCUGGAGACCACUUACACUUUUCUGACUGUUGGAUUAUUAGACAAUCUUGAGUUUUUCCGAUUUGCUUUAUAGUUAAAAUACAUUCAACUUUAAACUAUAAAUUGGGAAGUAUUGUUUCUACCACCAUUCUUCGAGCCAAAAUUCUGCACUGAGAUGACCUGUGUUCUACCCUUUAAUUUUUUUCUGUAGAACUCUAAAGUUCUCUCCAGGUAAGUCAUUAGCAUCCCUUUUCUUCCUAGAAUCUUUUUUUUUCCUCGUAUGGAAGAAAGAAUGGGAUGGAUAAGUUCAAGCUUUCAGGUGCCUGCAAAUGGUAAAAAUGAUGUUCCUGAAAAAAAAAACAACAAAACCAAGACCAGACUCACUGUAUGCUAUUUGACUGUGGUUUGUAACAGAGAUGUACUCUGCAACCAGAAAUGUAAGUAGCUGCCACUAUUAACCUCAAAUUGGAUACUAUGGUCCUUCCGGUACUGAUUUUUCCUACAGCUGGUAAAAUACAAAGUCUUUUAAAGAGACUAUUUCAUCUUUUCCUCAACUGUUUCAUUUUGACUCAAACCAUAUGAAGCAUGCACAUAAAGAACUCUACAGGGAGGUAACUACACUAGUUCUCAGUGACAAGGUUUAUCUGUAUUUUAACAGUUAAACCAAAUAUGUCAAUAAACAUUUCUGAACAAUAA